AUGGCAGAACAACAAGAUCCAGAGGUUCCAGUUGUACCAGAGCAUGAUCUAUCCGAAGAAGACAUGACAUUUGUCUCUCUGUUAAACUUCACCAGAUUAAACCAUGAGUUGUUUGAUGAUAUCCUGGAAAGAGUGGCACCAGUCAUCCAGAAGCAGCAGACUAAUUACAGGCACCCUCUGUCAGCUGGCCUCAAGCUGGCAAUCACCUUGAGACAUCUGGCCACUGGGGACAACUACAGGCCAAUGGCAUAUGGAUUCAGAUGUGGUAUCUCCACAAUAUCAGAGCUGAUUCCAGAAGUGUGCACGGCAAUUGUGCAGGCAUAUAAAGAUGAAGUUUUCAACCCACCCACCACCCUGAAGCCUGGAGACACCUUGCCCAGCAUUGGUGCCUUGGAUAGAAAGCACAUAGCCAUCAAGAAACCAGCAAACACAGGCAAGAUCUACCACAACUACAAGGGUUUUUUCUCCAUACCAAUGCUGGCCCUUGUAGAUGCAGAAUACAAGUUCAUCUGGAUUAAGCUGGGAGGUAUAGGACACAUGUCUGACUCUCAGAUAUUCACGGACUCUGAGCUCUUUGAGUGA